CAUUGCCGCCCGCUGCUACCGGAAGUGACGCUGAUUCCGCGGUCCCGGGCCGGAAGUGACGCGGAGGCCAGCCAUGGCGGCUGUCAGACAGCUCCGGAGAGGCGCGGAGUCCGGGAUGUGACAGGAGGCGGCCUGCUCCCCCUUCCCCCCCCCCAGCUCCUCCCGGCAACCGACACCCGACCCCCGGACAGGCAUGAUGCGGACACCGGGGCUGCUCGGCCUACGAGGAUUCGUAUCGUUCGCCGCCAAACUGUGGAGCUUCGUCCUCUACCUCCUCCGGAGACAAGUCCGCACCGUGAGUGUCAUAUAAUAUAUAUACUGUAUAAUGAGAGACCCAGGCCGCACCGUGAGUGUAAUAUAAUAUAUAUACUGUAUAAUGAGAGACCCAGGCCGCACCGUGAGUGUAAUACAAUAUAUAUACUGUAUAAUGAGAGACCCAGGCCGCACCGUGAGUGUCAUAUAAUAUAUAUACUGUAUAAUGAGAGACCCAGGCCGCACCGUGAGUGUAAUACAAUAUAUAUACUGUAUAAUGAGAGACCCAGGCCGCACCGUGAGUGUCAUAUAAUAUAUAUACUGUAUAAUGAGAGACCCAGGCCGCACCGUGAGUGUAAUAUAAUAUAUAUACUGUAUAAUGAGAGACCCAGGCCGCACCGGGAGUGUAAUACAAUAUAUAUACUGUAUAAUGAGAGACCCAGGCCGCACCGGGAGUGUAAUAUAAUAUAUAUACUGUAUAAUGAGAGACCCAGGCCGCACCGUGAGUGUCAUAUAAUAUAUAUACUGUAUAAUGAGAGACCCAGGCCGCACCGUGAGUGUCAUAUAAUAUAUAUACUGUAUAAUGAGAGAACCAGGCCGCACCGUGAGUGUAAUAUAAUAUAUAUACUGUAUAAUGAGAGACCCAGGCCGCACCGUGAGUGUCAUAUAAUAUAUAUACUGUAUAAUGAGAGACCCAGGCCGCACCGUGAGUGUAAUAUAAUAUAUAUACUGUAUAAUGAGAGACCCAGUCCGCACCGUGAGUGUCAUAUAAUAUAUAUACUGUAUAAUGAGAGACCCAGGCCGCACCGUGAGUGUAAUAUAAUAUAUAUACUGUAUAAUGAGAGACCCAGGCCGCACCGUGAGUGUAAUAUAAUAUAUAUACUGUAUAAUGAGAGACCCAGGCCGCACCGUGAGUGUAAUAUAAUAUAUAUACUGUAUAAUGAGAGACCCAGGCCGCACCGUGAGUGUAAUAUAAUAUAUAUACUGUAUAAUGAGAGACCCAGGCCGCACCGGGAGUGUCAUAUAAUAUAUAUACUGUAUAAUGAGAGAACCAGGCCGCACCGGGAGUGUCAUGCAAUAUAUAUACUGUAUAAUGAGAGACCCAGGCCGCACCGUGAGUGUAAUAUAUAUAUAUAUAUAUACUGUAUAAUGAGAGACCCAGGCCGCACCGGGAGUGUCAUAUAAUAUAUAUACUGUAUAAUGAGAGACCCAGGCCGCACCGGGAGUGUCAUAUAAUAUAUAUACUGUAUAAUGAGAGACCCAGGCCGCACCGGGAGUGUAAUAUAAUAUAUAUACUGUAUAAUGAGAGACCCAGGCCGCACCGUGAGUGUAAUAUAAUAUAUAUACUGUAUAAUGAGAGACCCAGGCCGCACCGUGAGUGUAAUAUAAUAUAUAUACUGUAUAAUGAGAGACCCAGGCCGCACCGUGAGUGUAAUAUAAUAUAUAUACUGUAUAAUGAGAGACCCAGGCCGCACCGUGAGUGUAAUAUAAUAUAUAUACUGUAUAAUGAGAGACCCAGGCCGCACCGUGAGUGUAAUAUAAUAUAUAUACUGUAUAAUGAGAGACCCAGGCCGCACCGUGAGUGUCAUAUAAUAUAUAUACUGUAUAAUGAGAGACCCAGGCCGCACCGUGAGUGUAAUAUAAUAUAUAUACUGUAUAAUGAGAGACCCAGGCCGCACCGUGAGUGUCAUAUAAUAUAUAUACUGUAUAAUGAGAGACCCAGGCCGCACCGUGAGUGUCAUAUAAUAUAUAUACUGUAUAAUGAGAGACCCAGGCCGCACCGUGAGUGUCAUAUAAUAUAUAUACUGUAUAAUGAGAGACCCAGGCCGCACCGUGAGUGUCAUAUAAUAUAUAUACUGUAUAAUGAGAGACCCAGGCCGCACCGGGAGUGUAAUAUAAUAUAUAUACUGUAUAAUGAGAGACCCAGGCCGCACCGUGAGUGUCAUAUAAUAUAUAUACUGUAUAAUGAGAGACCCAGGCCGCACCGUGAGUGUCAUAUAAUAUAUAUACUGUAUAAUGAGAGACCCAGGCCGCACCGUGAGUGUCAUAUAAUAUAUAUACUGUAUAAUGAGAGACCCAGGCCGCACCGUGAGUGUAAUAUAAUAUAUAUACUGUAUAAUGAGAGACCCAGGCCGCACCGUGAGUGUCAUAUAAUAUAUAUACUGUAUAAUGAGAGACCCAGGCCGCACCGUGAGUGUAAUAUAAUAUAUAUACUGUAUAAUGAGAGACCCAGGCCGCACCGUGAGUGUAAUAUAAUAUAUAUACUGUAUAAUGAGAGACCCAGGCCGCACCGUGAGUGUAAUAUAAUAUAUAUACUGUAUAAUGAGAGACCCAGGCCGCACCGUGAGUGUAAUAUAAUAUAUAUACUGUAUAAUGAGAGACCCAGGCCGCACCGUGAGUGUAAUAUAAUAUAUAUACUGUAUAAUGAGAGACCCAGGCCGCACCGUGAGUGUCAUAUAAUAUAUAUACUGUAUAAUGAGAGACCCAGGCCGCACCGUGAGUGUCAUAUAAUAUAUAUACUGUAUAAUGAGAGACCCAGGACAAGACCGCGGAGUGUAAUAUAAUAUAUAUACUGUAUAAUGAGAGACCCAGGCCGCGACCGCGGAGUGUCAUAUAAUAUAUAUACUGUAUAAAUGAGAGACCCAGGUCGCACCGGGAGUGUCAUAUAACAUAUAUAUUCUGUAUAAUGAGAGACCCAGGCCGCGACCGCGGAGUGUAAUAUAAUAUAUAUAUACUGUAUAAUGAGACCCAGGCCGCGCGACUGCGGAGUGUCAAGUAAGGCAAUAUAUAUACUGUAUAAUGAGAGACCCAGGCCGCACCGUGAGUGUAAUAUAAUAUAUAUACUGUAUAAUGAGAGACCCAGGCCGCACCGGGAGUGUAAUAUAAUAUAUAUACUGUAUAAUGAGAGACCCAGGCCGCACCGUGAGUGUCAUAUAAUAGAUAUACUGUAUAAUGAGAGACCCAGGCCGCACCGUGAGUGUAAUAUAAUAUAUAUACUGUAUAAUGAGAGACCCAGGCCGCACCGGGAGUGUCAUAUAAUAUAUAUACUGUAUAAUGAGAGACCCAGGCCCCAGGCUGCACCGUGAGUGUCAUAUAAUAUAUAUUCUGUAUAAUGAGAGACCAGGCCGCACCGUGAGUGUAAUAUAUAUAUACUGUAUAAUGAGAGACCCAGGCCGCACCGUGAGUGUCAUAUAAUAUAUAUACUGUAUAAUGAGAGAACCAGGCCGCACCGUGAGUGUCAUAUAAUAUAUAUACUGUAUAAUGAGAGAACCAGGCCGCACCGUGAGUGUCAUAUAAUAUAUAUACUGUAUAAUGAGAGAACCAGGCCGCACCGUGAGUGUCAUAUAAUAUAUAUACUGUAUAAUGAGAGACCCAGGCCGCACCGUGAGUGUCAUAUAAUAUAUAUACUGUAUAAUGAGAGACCCAGGCCGCACCGUGAGUGUCAUAUAAUAUAUAUACUGUAUAAUGAGAGACCCAGGCCGCACCGUGAGUGUAAUAUAUAUAUAUACUGUAUAAUGAGAGACCCAGGCCGCACCGUGAGUGUCAUAUAAUAUAUAUACUGUAUAAUGAGAGACCCAGGCUGCAUUGGUAGUGUAUAUAAUAUAUAUAUACCACCCAGGCCGCACCGUGGAGUGUAUAUAUAAUAUAUAUAAGAGACCCAGGCCGCAUGUCGAGAGACCCAGUGCCAUAUAAUAUAUAUACUGUAUAAUGAGACCCAGGCCGUCAUAUAAUAUAUAUACUGUAUAAUGAGAGUGGUGUCAUAUAAUAUAUAUACACUGUAGUGAGACCCAGGCAGCACCGGAGUGUCAUAUAAUAUAUAUACUGUAUAAUGAGAGAACCAGGCCGCACCGUGAGUGUAUAUAUAUAUAUACUGUAUAAUGAGAGAACCAGGCCGCACCGUGAGUGUAAUAUAAUAUAUAUACUGUAUAAUGAGAGACCCAGGCCGCACCGUGAGUGUAAUAUAAUAUAUAUACUGUAUAAUGAGAGACCCAGGCCGCACCGUGAGUGUAAUAUAAUAUAUAUACUGUAUAAUGAGAGACCCAGGCCGCACCGUGAGUGUAAUAUAAUAUAUAUACUGUAUAAUGAGAGACCCAGGCCGCACCGGGAGUGUAAUAUAAUAUAUAUACUGUAUAAUGAGAGACCCAGGCCGCACCGGAGUGUAAUAUAAUAUAUAUACUGUAUAAUGAGAGACCCAGUCCGCACCGUGAGUGUCAUAUAAUAUAUAUAUACUGUAUAAUGAGAGACCCAGGCCGCACCGGGAGUGUAAUAUAAUAUAUAUACUGUAUAAUGAGAGACCCAGGCCGCACCGUGAGUGUCAUAUAAUAUAUAUACUGUAUAAUGAGAGACCCAGGCCGCACCGGGAGUGUCAUAUAAUAUAUAUACUGUAUAAUGAGAGACCCAGGCCGCACCGUGAGUGUCAUAUAAUAUAUAUACUGUAUAAUGAGAGAACCAGGCCGCACCGUGAGUGUAAUACAAUAUAUAUACUGUAUAAUGAGAGACCCAGGCCGCACCGGGAGUGUCAUAUAAUAUAUAUACUGUAUAAUGAGAGAACCAGGCCGCACCGUGAGUGUAAUACAAUAUAUAUACUGUAUAAUGAGAGAACCCAGGCCGCACCGUGAGUGUAAUAUAAUAUAUAUACUGUAUAAUGAGAGACCCAGGCCGCACCGUGAGUGUCAUAUAAUAUAUAUACUGUAUAAUGAGAGACCCAGGCCGCACCGUGAGUGUAAUAUAAUAUAUAUACUGUAUAAUGAGAGACCCAGGCCGCACCGUGAGUGUCAUAUAAUAUAUAUACUGUAUAAUGAGAGACCCAGGCCGCACCGUGAGUGUCAUAUAAUAUAUAUACUGUAUAAUGAGAGACCCAGGCCGCACCGGGAGUGUAAUAUAAUAUAUAUACUGUAUAAUGAGAGACCCAGGCCGCACCGUGAGUGUAAUAUAAUAUAUAUACUGUAUAAUGAGAGACCCAGGCCGCACGGUGUCAUAUAAUAUAUAUGCUGUAUAAUGAGAGAACCAGGCCCUUUACCGAGUGUAAUAUAAUAUAUAUACUGUAUAUUAGAGACCCAGGCCGCUUUUACGUGAGUGUCAUAUAAUAUAUAUACUGUAUAAUGAGACCCAGAGCCCUUUACGUGAGUGUAAUAUAAUAUAUAUACUGUAUAAUGAGGCAGAGCGCACCGUAGUGUCAUAUAAUAUAUAUACUGUAUAAUAGAGAGACCCAGAGCCUUUACGUGAGUGUAAUAUAAUAUAUACUGUAUAAUAGAGACCAGUCCGCUGCCCGUGAGUGUCAUAUAAUAUACUGUAUAAUAGAGACCCAGGCACUUUGGGGUGUCAUAUAAUAUAUAUACUGUAUAAUGAGAGACCCAGGCCGCACCGUGAGUGUAAUAUAAUAUAUAUAUACUGUAUAAUGAGAGAACCAGGCCGCACCGGGAGUGUAAUAUAAUAUAUAUACUGUAUAAUGAGAGACCCAGGCCGCACCGGGAGUGUCAUAUAAUAUAUAUACUGUAUAAUGAGAGAACCAGGCCGCACCGGGAGUGUCAUACAAUAGAUAUACUGUAUAAUGAGAGACCCAGGCCGCACCGGGAGUGUAAUAUAAUAUAUAUACUGUAUAAUGAGAGAACCAGGCCGCACCGGGAGUGUCAUAUAAUAUAUAUAUAUACUGUAUAAUGAGAGACCCAGGCCGCACCGUGAGUGUCAUAUAAUAUAUAUAUACUGUAUAAUGAGAGAACCAGGCCGCACCGUGAGUGUAAUACAAUAUAUAUACUGUAUAAUGAGAGACCCAGGCCGCACCGGGAGUGUCAUAUAAUAUAUAUAUAUAUAUACUGUAUAAUGAGAGAACCAGGCCGCACCGUGAGUGUAAUACAAUAUAUAUACUGUAUAAUGAGAGACCCAGGCCGCACCGGGAGUGUCAUAUAAUAUAUAUAUACUGUAUAAUGAGAGAACCAGGCCGCACCGGGAGUGUCAUACAAUAUAUAUAUACUGUAUAAUGAUAGAACCAGGCCGCACCGGGAGUGUAAUAUAAUAUAUAUACUGUAUAAUGAGAGAACCAGGCCGCACCGGGAGUGUAAUAUAAUAUAUAUACUGUAUAAUGAGAGACCCAGGCCGCACCGUGAGUGUCAUAUAAUAUAUAUACUGUAUAAUGAGAGACCCAGGCCGCACCGGGAGUGUCAUAUAAUAUAUAUACUGUAUAAUGAGAGACCCAGGCCGCACCGUGAGUGUAAUAUAAUAUAUAUACUGUAUAAUGAGAGACCCAGGCCGCACCGUGAGUGUCAUAUAAUAGAUAUACUGUAUAAUGAGAGACCCAGGCCGCACCGUGAGUGUAAUAUAAUAUAUAUACUGUAUAAUGAGAGACCCAGGCCGCACCGUGAGUGUCAUAUAAUAUAUAUACUGUAUAAUGAGAGACCCAGGCCGCACCGGGAGUGUCAUAUAAUAUAUAUACUGUAUAAUGAGAGACCCAGGCCGCACCGUGAGUGUAAUAUAAUAUAUAUACUGUAUAAUGAGAGACCCAGGCCGCACCGUGAGUGUCAUACAAUAUAUAUAUACUGUAUAAUGAGAGAACCAGGCCGCACCGGGAGUGUCAUAUAAUAUAUAUACUGUAUAAUGAGAGACCCAGGCCGCACCGUGAGUGUCAUAUAAUAUAUAUACUGUAUAAUGAGAGACCCAGGCCGCACCGCGAGUGUAAUAUAAUAUAUAUACUGUAUAAUGAGAGACCCAGGCCGCACCGUGAGUGUCAUAUAAUAUAUAUACUGUAUAAUGAGAGACCCAGGCCGCACCGUGAGUGUAAUAUAAUAUAUAUACUGUAUAAUGAGAGACCCAGGCCGCACCGUGAGUGUCAUAUAAUAUAUAUACUGUAUAAUGAGACCCAGGCCGCACCGGGAGUGUAAUAUAAUAUAUAUACUGUAUAAUGAGAGAACCAGGCCGCACUGUGAGUGUCAUAUAAUAUAUAUACUGUAUAAUGAGACCCAGGCCGCACCGGGAGUGUAAUAUAAUAUAUAUACUGUAUAAUGAGACCCAGGCCGCACCGGGAGUGUCAUAUAAUAUAUAUACUGUAUAAUGAGAGACCCAGGCCGCACCGUGAGUGUCAUAUAAUAUAUAUACUGUAUAAUGAGAGAACCAGGCCGCACCGGGAGUGUCAUAUAAUAUAUAUACUGUAUAAUGAGAGACCCAGGCCGCACCGUGAGUGUCAUAUAAUAUAUAUACUGUAUAAUGAGAGAACCAGGCCGCACCGGGAGUGUCAUAUAAUAUAUAUACUGUAUAAUGAGAGAACCAGGCCGCACCGUGAGUGUCAUAUAAUAUAUAUACUGUAUAAUGAGAGAACCAGGCCGCACCGUGAGUGUAAUAUAAUAUAUAUACUGUAUAAUGAGAGAACCAGGCCGCACCGUGAGUGUCAUAUAAUAUAUAUACUGUAUAAUGAGAGACCCAGGCCGCACCGUGAGUGUCAUAUAAUAUAUAUACUGUAUAAUGAGAGACCCAGGCCGCACCGGGAGUGUAAUAUAAUAUAUAUACUGUAUAAUGAGAGACCCAGCCGCACCGUGAGUGUCAUAUAAUAUAUAUACUGUAUAAUGAGAGACCCAGGCCGCACCGUGAGUGUCAUAUAAUAUAUAUACUGUAUAAUGAGAGAACCAGGCCGCACCGGGAGUGUCAUAUAAUAUAUAUACUGUAUGAGAGACCCAGGCCGCACCGUGAGUGUAAUAUAAUAUAUAUACUGUAUGAGAGAACCAGGCCGCACCGGGAGUGUCAUAUAAUAUAUAUACUGUAUAAUGAGAGAACCAGGCCGCACCGUGAGUGUAAUAUAAUAUAUAUACUGUAUAAUGAGAGAACCAGGCCGCACCGUGAGUGUAAUAUAAUAUAUAUACUGUAUAAUGAGAGAACCAGGCCGCACCGUGAGUGUCAUAUAAUAUAUAUAUACUGUAUAAUGAGAGACCCAGGCCGCACCGUGAGUGUAAUAUAAUAUAUAUACUGUAUAAUGAGAGACCCAGGCCGCACCGUGAGUGUCAUAUAAUAUAUAUACAUGAGUGUAAUAUAUAUAUACUGUAUAAUGAGAGACCCAGGCCGCACCGGGAGUGUAAUAUAAUAUAUAUACUGUAUAAUGAGAGAACCAGGCCGCACCGUGAGUGUCAUAUAAUAUAUAUACUGUAUAAUGAGAGACCCAGGCCGCACCGUGAGUGUAAUAUAAUAUAUAUACUGUAUAAUGAGAGACCCAGGCCGCACCGGGAGUGUAAUAUAAUAUAUAUACUGUAUAAUGAGAGAACCAGGCCGCACCGGGAGUGUCAUAUAAUAUAUAUACUGUAUAAUGAGAGAACCAGGCCGCACCGUGAGUGUAAUAUAAUAUAUAUACUGUAUAAUGAGAGAACCAGGCCGCACCGGGAGUGUAAUGUAAUAUAUAUACUGUAUAAUGAGAGAAAAGUAGCUACUCAAACAUAUUAUUUUGGUACGUUGAGUCUAUUCCUGUUCAAACCAAAACAGAAAUGCAUUCGCCAUAGCAGCCCCAUCACAGUCCCAGCUGUUUGCAAACAGAUGUGUUCUUAGUGUCCAUUCCAUGAUACAUAGAAACAUAGAAUGUGACGGCAGAUAAGAACCAUUCGGCCCAUCUAUUCUGCCCAAUUUUCUAAAUAGAAUACAGAAUGUAAUGUCGGGAGAUGUAUUCUUACUGCCAAUUCCAUGAUACAGAAUGUUAAUGUCUGGAGAUGUGUUCUUAGUGCACAUUCCAUGAUACAGAAUGUAAUGUCGGGAGAUGUGUUCUUAGUGCUCAUUCCAUGAUACAGAAUGUAAUGUGGGGAGAAGUGUUCUUGGUUUGUUUGUUUUCGAUGAUACAGGCUGUAAUGCUGGUGUAGCAGAGUUAAUCCCUUUUCUUCUGUGUACCCCCCUUGUUCGUUUCCGGAAUAGAUGGUGUGUAGCCCCGCUUUUUAUACUUUUUUUUUUUUUUUAUACCUCCUCUAACACCGACCUCCCUGGCUGUUAACCACAAAUUAACACAUUAACUUUCCAUGGGUGGCUGCCAUUUGUAUAACCAAUUGCAUGUGGUCCAGUGAAUGGCUGCCAUUUUGUCUCCCGAACACAGGCAGCGGUACGUGGUCAUCGAACGCCUGGAACUAUUUUCGUCUAAGUGAGUCCACAAACCCGGGCGGAGUUCGUACCGCUGCCCGUUCUACUUUCCGACUAACUACACAAACGACGUUCGGGAGAAAUGAACUACUGACUGGGGGGAGCAUUCUCUACCUAAAAGGCAGGAGGAGCAUUCGUCUGUGUUCGCACAGGUCGGUCAGAACUUUACUCGAAUGGCGAUUCCGUUCUGCUGAAUGCAAUCUGAGCGCUGUUUGGAUAUGUUAGACGCUCAGAUCAGCGCUAUUUGGGGAUAUAAGAAUUGUGGGGUUCCUGUGAAUUAUGACAGUUUUUGGGGUAUUUUGUAUACAUGCUUUAUAUUUUCCUGUACCUGAGAGAUAAUUGAGUUACUCAGUUUUGACCCCACUAUCUCUCAGACACAGGGAUGCCUGGGAAGGGUUUGUGUAUUUUUUGUAUAUAGAGACCCCAUGCUGGGGGACUGUGCAUAAAAGGCUGUGUUUGAGCUGAAUAAAUCAGUUGUUCCUCUAGAACUGUGUGUCGUCCAGUUACUGUGAGGGAUAGAGCUAUUCACAUUUCAGUCCCUUGUUCCAGAGUUCCUGGCUUCACGGAUCCAGCGGAGAGAAAAGUCCUUGUCAGGACUAGUGCUCUGCUACAGUCAGGAGAUGAUAGUGCCCAUUAGACUCCUUAAUACAGGGUGUAGCGGAACGCUGGUCUCUCACAGACUAUUUCCGCUGGUAGUCCAGGUGUGGCUCAGGAAUCAGCAAUAAUCCCAGGUACAAUAUCCACACCGAGAGAAUAACCGAACAGCAUAGUAAUCACCAUCAGCAAUAAAAUCCAAUAAUAUCCCAUCACCUUUCCCAAUCACUGGACGACACACAGUAUCAGGAGUAGAACUUUUAUUCACACAGUGGCCUUAUAAAGCAUUCUCCCAUGCAAGGGAGGGAUUUACAGUCAUUAGUACAGUGUCCAAUCAUACCUGAGUAACCUCCCACACAUCUCCUCCCUUUAGCCUGACUCAGAAUCCUCUUAUACAGAACACAAAUUCCCUGGGUUUAUGGAUGUACCCCUAAACAUAGGUAUACCCCUUUGUGACAGAACCAUCUGUCUGCUGGAUUUUUGCCCGUUCGUCUGUUUGUCCCCGUUCGUAUGAAUGGCUGGUUUCUAUAGCCCAGCCAUUCGAAUGACUCUUUUUCCCGAACAAAACCGCCGAACGAACGGCCACCCAAGUGAGGAGUGUGCUGCAGGUUAACGAAGUGAUCACCAUUAUAACGUUGUGGUUAACCGCAGACACUUCUCAAUUAAACCGAACUCAGGGUGGUCGUCGUUCGUAUGUCGACCACGAGGCAGCGGCCAUUUUAAAUCAUGCGAACGCUCAGCGGUGUUUGGCUCUAAUUCUAUGGAACGGAAAACGGACACUUUUUCUGUCGAACACCGCUGAAACAAGGGAACGCCUGGCUGCCUCCACGAAAGCAUGCGAACAUCGGCCGUUCGGGAGAUUGAGAACAUACAAAAGACUUAACCCAGAUAGCCCACCCAUGGAGUCAUUCGUGUACCGAAGGACUGUAAGAACUUUGACUCCAUGGCGAUUGAACUAUGUGUGUGGGAUCUGAGCGCUAUUCGCCAAUAAUAUGCACUCAGACCCAGGCUAUCUGGGGACAUGUAAUACGAAUGGGAAAUGUUCAGUUUUCAUGUAGUUAUGCAUUUUUGUGUCUUUUAUUAUUUCAUGUUUAAGAUGGCGACUGUCCUUGUCCUGGAGUUAAUUGAGUUACUUGGUAAUUAACUCCAGGACAGAGGGGAGGGAAUCAGAAUGCACUGUGGGUAAAAUAUGUGACUGUGUGUCUGAAAUGUCCUUCUAUCUGUCUGUAAUUUAAGUCUUCCAUUUGGUCCCCUAGGGGAGUGUCCACCAGGUGGGAGACCUGCAUAAAUACGGGCAGGUAGCCCACAGUAAAACCAGAUCUUAUUUGACCCUCAAUGCGGAGCUUCUGUCUCGUUAUUGGGGGGAUUUCUUCUUCACGGUUAGAGACUGCUGGAUGGAACGAAAGCCGCUUUGGGGAUAUUAUUGUUCGACGGUUCCUAGCAGUUCGUAUAUUGCCGUUCGGGAGUUUGGAGCCGUUCGUGGAUUUCGAUCGGGAGAUUGCCGCUUCCCCUGCAUUACGUUCGUGGAUUAUAGAGUAAGCGAACAGAGACGGUACUGCAGCCGGGGAAGGUUUACUAAACGGCGGUUUGACUUAGACACGGGAGGUGUCUUAACACCCUUUAAAUGUUAUAUCCCCUGGUAGCCCUGAUCUGGGUGAGAGACAUAUCCAAAAAUCACCCAGAUAUCAUCCAGGUAUGCACAUGCAAAAUCCUGGAAGCCAUCGAGGAGCCUAUCCACCAUACGCUGGAACGUAUCCGGAGCAUUCUUCAUCCCAAAUGGCAUAACCUUUUAAAUGUAAACACUACUGUUACGGUACCUCCAGUACGGAAAUGUACAAACCGCCGUUUAGCGAGUAUUCCCUGUUCGCAAUAAUGUGGUCGGGUAGCGGGUAUAAUAAAACCAUGCGAACCGCCAGUCAGGGAACACUCCAAACUCCCGAACGGUACCUGUACGGCUAAUUCCCUUCACGAGCUGCAAAUCCACGAACGGCAAUUAGUAACCGAACGACAAUAUCUCCCAAGCGGCAAAUAAUCCAAAUAAGCAGUCUCUCGCCGCUGGUAUCCAAAUCCCCCCAAUAACGAGACCAAGCUCCGCUUUGAGGGUAAAACACGAACUGAUUUACUGUGGGCUACCUGCCCGGUAUUUAUGCAGGUCUCCCACUUGGUGGACACUCCCCUAGGGGACCAAAUGGGAGACUGAAAUCACAGAGGGACAUGGGGACAUUUUGGACAUACAUCCCCACAAUAUUCCCAGCAUGCAUCACAGUUCCCUCCCCUCUGCUCGAGGGAUAAUUGGGAAGUAACUCAAUUAUCUCCCCGAGCAGAGGCAAUCGCCAUUUUAAACACAAGUCACAAAAACACAUGAAAAUCCAUAACUUCAUAACUGCCGAACAUAUUACAUUCGUAUUGCAUAUCCCCAGAUAGCCUGGAUCUGAGGGCACAUUAUUGAAGAAUAGCGCUCAGAUCCCAUUCGCACAGUUCAAUCGCCAUGGAGUCAAAGUCUCUUUCAGUUCGUCGGUAUGCGAUUGACUCCAUGGGACGGCUAUCUGGGUUAAGUCCAUUCGUGUGGUUGAAUCUCCCGAACGGCUGGCAUUCGUAUGCUUUUGUCGAUUGAGAAGGGGAGGUCGACGGCUUCAGCGGUGUUCGGCUGAAAAAGUGUCCGUUUUCCGAUCCAUGAAAUAAUCGUCGAACACCGCUGGUCGUUCGCAUGGACAAAAUGGCCGCCGCCUCGUGGUCGACAUACGAACGACGACCACCCGGCAUUCGGUUUUAAUUGAGAAGUGUCUGUGGUUAACCGCAACGUUCUAAUUGGGAUCAAUAGGUUAACCAGCAGCACACUUCUCUUCUGGGUGGCCAUCCGUUCGGUAGUUCCGUUCGACAAAACCGACAUUCCCUUGAAUAAAGCAUACGAAUGGGGAAAUUCAUGUAACCGGCAAAACAGGCGAACACAGCAUUUAUAAUCCAGACAGAUGGGUCUGUCACACGGCUCCCCCCUUGUGGAACACUCCGGCAGACCCGGCUUGACCCUUUGGCGGGUCAACUUGGGGAUGACCGGACUGGGAAGAAGUAGGGACGUCUGUUUGCCGGGACAGCCCAUCCGCGUUCCCAUUCUGCUUACCGGGUCGGUAGCUGAUGGUGAAGUUUGUAAGGCUGUAGUGCCAAACUCCACCUCAGCAGUCUGCCAUUGUCUCCUGAGACCCGGUUAAGCCAGACAAGGGGGUUAUGGUCCGUAAUAAGGGAGAAUUCUUGUCCGUAUAAAUAUGGGCUCAAUUUCUUCAGUGCCCAGACCAGGGCUAAACACUCUUUCUCCACUGCCGCAUAACUUACUUCCCGGGUAGUAACUUUCUGCUUAAGUAUGCGACAGGGUGCUCUCCUCCAUCUUCCCCGACCUGGCUUAGCACAGCCCCCAGUCCAUACAUGGAAGCAUCUGUAUGUACAAGAAAACGUUUGUUAGGGACUGGGGCAGCCAGGACAGGAGCAUUAACAAGAGCCUGCUUAAGUGCUUGAAACGCGGCUUCACAAGCUGGAGACCACAGGACCUGCUUAGGCAAAUUCUUCUUAGUCAGGUCAGUCAAGGGCUUAGCAACCGUACUGUAGUCAGGGACAAAACGUCGGUAAUACCCUGCCGUCCCCAAGAAGGCCAGCACUUGGGUCUUGGUGAUAGGUGUGGGCCAGUUAGCCACCGCCUCUACCUUGGCUGGCUCCGGUCUCUGGCUCCCACAGCCUACUCUGUGACCCAAGUACUGUACUUCUGCCAUGCCUAGAUGGCACUUGUCUGGCUUCAAGGUCAGGCCUGCGGCCCGAAUCUUGUCCAGCACCACCCCCACGUGUACUAAAUGGUCUUCCCAGGACUCACUGUAGACCGCAAUAUCAUCCAGGUAUGCACAUGCAAAAUCCUGGAAGCCAUCGAGGAGCCUAUCCACCAUACGCUGGAACGUAUCCGGAGCAUUCUUCAUCCCAAAUGGCAUAACCUUAAAUUGGUACAGGCCAAAUGGGGUGACGAAUGCCGACUUAGGGAUAGCAUCCUCGGCCAGGGGGAUCUGCCAAUAACCUUUACACAGGUCAAUGGUGGUCAAGUAGCGCCCCCUGGCAAUGCGGUCUAAUAACUCGUCUACCCGGGGCAUAGGGUAGGCGUCAGUGAUGGUCCGCUCGUUGAGCCGCCUGUAGUCCACACAGAACCGGGUGGUCCCAUCUUUCUUAGGCACCAGAACUACAGGCGAGGCCCAAGGACUGUCUGAGUGUUCGAUAACCCCCAGCCUGGUCAUCUCCUGUAUCUCCGUCCGCAUUCCUUCUCGGACUGCUUCAGGGAUACGGUAUGGGGGUUGUCGUAGGGGGUUCUGUCCGGGUGUCUCGACCUUGUGUACAGCUAGGGUAGUGUACCCGGGUUCUUGGGAGAACGUCGCCUGCUUCUCCCACAGUAACUGUCUCGCCUGUACCUUCUCUGCCGGGUUUAGCCGGUCCCCUAGCUGUACAAGACUAGUAAGGUCUGUCUGGGGGUCUCUCUCUAGCAAGUCAGGUAACGGUAAGUUCUCGGGGUCGUCAGUAGCUGGGGCACAUACCGCCGCAACAUCCUCUGGUCGUUCCUGAUACUCCUUCAGCAUGUUCACAUGGAAGGAUCGCUGAAUCCUUUCAUCUGAACAGCUGGCUAUAAGGUAGGUAGUAUUGCAUACCUGAGCUAACACUUUAUAUGGGCCCUGCCAAGAUGCUUGCAUCUUGUCUGUCUUCACAGGCUUGAGUACCAGAACCUUCUGCCCAACCUGGAAGACCCGCUGUCGGGCACCCCGAUCGUACCACCAUUUCUGUCUCCCCUGGGCCACCUGGAGAUUCUCCCUGACCAUCAGGGAUAGUUUCUCCAUGCGGUCCCGGAGCUCCAGGACAUAUGGUACUAUGGGAGUCCCUUCUUGCUCUGUCUCCCCCUCCCAGUGUCCUCUAAUGAGAUCUAGGGGUCCACGGACCCUUCUCCCAUAGAGUAACUCAAAGGGGGAGAACCCAGUAGAUUCCUGGGGCACCUCUCUGUAUGCAAAUAGCAGAUGAGGCAGGAAUCGCUCCCAAUCUCUGCAAGUGUCAGUAAAGGUCCUCAACAUCUGUUUGAGGGUGCCAUUAAAUCGCUCGCAGAGACCGUUAGUCUGUGGGUGAUACGGUGAGCUAAGCAGAGGUUUAAUACCGCACACCUUCCACAGCUGCUGGGUAAGCACAGCGGUGAACUGGGUUCCCUGAUCGGAGAGAAUCUCCUGAGGGAACCCGACCCUAGUGAAGAUUUUAACCAGGGCAUCAGCAACCGUCUCUGCCUCUAUAUUAGACAGCGCUACUGCCUCUGGAUAACGUGUGGCAUAGUCUACCACGGUGAGAAUAUACUUCUUACCUGAUGGGCUAGCCCUGGCCAGUGGACCCACAAUGUCAACAGCUAUGCGGGAAAAGGGUUCUCCAAUAAUAGGCAUCGACUGAAGCCUAGCUUUUGGGUGAUCCCCCCGCUUACCUACCCGUUGACAAGUGUCACACGUGCUACAGUAAACCCGCACAUCUCGGUUAAAAUUGGGCCAGAAGAAAUUUUGUGUGAUCCUAUGAGCUGUGCGGCGGGAACCUAGAUGGCCUGCUAAUGGCACAUCGUGCCCAAUCCGCAGAAUCUCCUGCCGGUAUUUUGCAAGCACCACUAGCUGUCGAUUCUGCGGAGGGGUACUCGGCUUCUGGGACGGUUUCGGGAUCCUGUACAAUCUAUCCCCCAUCCACUCGUAGUGCUCCCCAUCUACUCCUCCCCCAGAAUCGGCCCUGGCCCUGUACUUGGCUAGCGUCGGGUCUUCCCUGGUUUCCCUCCCGUACAUCUCUGGGGUAUCCCAGCCUAAAGGGGCCUGGUCUAAGGUACAAGUCGGGGGAGAGAGUCUUACCUGGGUCUCAGCAGCAGGUGGGCUGGUCUCAGCGGCACGGGUCUGGGCAUGGGUCGUGACAGCAUCCACUUCAGCAGGACCCAUGGGAGCGUAGGCGGAAACAAGGGGCGCCAAGUCAUUGCCAAGGAGGAAAUCCGCGGGUAAGUCCUUCAUGACCCCCACAUUCACAUGUCUGGCGCCCACUCCCCAAUCCAAAUGUACCCGGGCAACGGGCAGACGAAACACUGCACCCCCGGCCACUCGCACUGCGACCGUGUCCCCUGUAUGUUGGGCUUCGGAUACCAGGUGCUUCUGGAGCAAGGUCAUGGUUGCCCCGGUAUCCCAUAGACCACUGACCUCCUUCCCGUUGACUUUUACACACUGUCGGUGGUGCUGCCUGUUAUCCCGGUGGGCAGCCUGAACGGGGUCUGCCUCAUGCAGCAUGCCCCAGCACUCUUCUUCCUCUACACAGUGAGCGGUUGGGGUGGGAGGUCGUGGAUUGCCGCCGGCUGGUCUCCUCCAGGACUGGUUCUGGUUGGCGCUGUUCAUCGGACACUCGGGUCGCUUGUGCCCUAGUUGCUUGCACAGGUAGCACCGAAUGGGUUGGGCAUACUCCCGUGAAUUGAACCGAGGUGGCUGUUGGUACGGUGCAGAUGGAGGAGGUGCUGCUGGGCGAUGCAUUGGAGGCUGGUAUAGGUUGGCUGCUGGUGGGGCUGCUGGCCUGUACUCCACUCUGGCGCGAGCCUUGUUGAUGAGACUGUCCAGUUUGCGGGCGUCAGUAUACUCAUCCGCCAGGGGAGCGGCUUCGUGCAGAGUGGAGGGUUUACGGUCCCUUACCCACUCCCUGACCCCGGCUGGCAAUUUAUCGAAACAAUGUUCCAAAAGAAACAUCUGCAGCACCUCUUCUCCGGACACAGCCUGGCACCCCGCCAUCCAAUGGGCGGCUGUGCGAUGCACCUUACAUGCCCAUUCCACGUAUGAGUCCCCAGAGGUCUUGACAGUGUCUCGGAACCUCCUGCGGUACGCCUCAGGUGUAACGGCAUACCGGGAGAGUAAAGCUUCCCUGACGGCCACAUAAUCCCCAAUCUCCUCAUCAGGAAUGGUCCGGAAAGCCUCGCUGGCCCGGCCUGAUAACUUGCCGGACAAUAUAGUAACCCAUUCUUCCAGGGGUACCUUGUGUAGGGCACAUUGCCGCUCGAAAUCAGCAAGGUACCCAUCAAUCUCUACUUCUGUUUCACUGAAGGCUUUAAACGCAGUAAACGGUACCUUUUUCCUAUCUCCCGGGUUUGCUGUGACUGGGGCUGCUGCAGCACCGCUUUGGCGAAGCAGGUUGGCCUCCACAGCUGCCAUGACCCGGCCAAUGGUUUCUGUUGUUGGGUUGGGACCAUAAUGUGCCAGCCUGAUUCUUACCGCCCGGUCAAAGCUUGCCUCCUCGGGGGUUCUGUCAGCUGCGCUGGGUCCAUUGGUUCCCUCUGCCGCUGGUACUCCAUCCAUUUCCAGCAAUAACGCAAUAAUAUCCCUCUUCCUGAGGUUACUGGCUUGUCCCCCUCUUUGCUCCUAUAAAUCCUUUAGGGUAGCCCUCCUCAGGUUUUGGUAUUGUAAUUCCAUUUAGUCUUGGUUGUAGUGGUCUCUUUGGGCGUUGAGGAUCAUCCCGUCGCUUGCCACCAGUUGUUACGGUACCUCCAGUACGGAAAUGUACAAACCGCCGUUUAGCGAGUAUUCCCUGUUCGCAAUAAUGUGGUCGGGUAGCGGGUAUAAUAAAACCAUGCGAACCGCCAGUCAGGGAACACUCCAAACUCCCGAACGGUACCUGUACGGCUAAUUCCCUUCACGAGCUGCAAAUCCACGAACGGCAAUUAGUAACCGAACGACAAUAUCUCCCAAGCGGCAAAUAAUCCAAAUAAGCAGUCUCUCGCCGCUGGUAUCCAAAUCCCCCCAAUAACGAGACCAAGCUCCGCUUUGAGGGUAAAACACGAACUGAUUUACUGUGGGCUACCUGCCUGGUAUUUAUGCAGGUCUCCCACUUGGUGGACACUCCCCUAGGGGACCAAAUGGGAGACUGAAAUCACAGAGGGACAUGGGGACAUUUUGGACAUACAUCCCCACAAUAUUCCCAGCAGGCAUCACAGUUUCCUCCCCUCUGCUCGAGGGAUAAUUGGGAAGUAACUCAAUUAUCUCCCCGAGCAGAGGCAAUCGCCAUUUUAAACACAAGUCACAAAAACACAUGAAAAUCCAUAACUUCAUAACUGCCGAACAUAUUACAUUCGUAUUGCCUAUCCCCAGAUAGCCUGGAUCUGAGGGCACAUUAUUGAAGAAUAGCACUCAGAUCCCAUUCGCACAGUUCAAUCGCCAUGGAGUCAAAGUCUCUUUCAGUUCGUCGGUAUGCGAUUGACUCCAUGGGACGGCUAUCUGGGUUAAGUCCAUUCGUGUGGUUGAAUCUCCCGAACGGCUGGCAUUCGUAUGCUUUUGUCGAUUGAGAAGGGGAGGUCGACGGCUUCAGCGGUGUUCGGCUGAAAAAGUGUCCGUUUUCCGAUCCAUGAAAUAAUCGUCGAACACCGCUGGUCGUUCGCAUGGACAAAAUGGCCGCCGCCUCGUGGUCGACAUACGAACGACGACCACCCGGCAUUCGGUUUUAAUUGAGAAGUGUCUGUGGUUAACCGCAACGUUCUAAUUGGGAUCAAUAGGUUAACCAGCAGCACACUUCUCUUCUGGGUGGCCAUCCGUUCGGUAGUUCCGUUCGACAAAAACCGACAUUCCCUUGAAUAAAGCAUACGAAUGGGGAAAUUCAUGUAACCGGCAAAACAGGCGAACACAGCAUUUAUAAUCCAGACAGAUGGGUCUGUCACAACUACAUUUUCAGAGAAAAGGCAGUGCUUACAUUGCUGCCUACGAAGACCUCUAGUGGCUGUCACUCAGAGGGCCACUAGAGAGUCCUGUGUCAAUGCUCUGCAUGGAUGCUCUGAAUGUUACCCAUGCAGAACAUGCGCAAUAUCCUCCCAAUUCUUUCUUAUGGGAAAGCAUUGGCUUAGCUGAGAUCAAAAAUAUUGAUGAACUCGGCAAUGCCCCUGUCAUUCUGUGUGUGCCUGUGCCCCUGUCAUUCUGUGUGUGCCUGUGCCCCUGUCAUUCUGUGUGUGCCUGUGCCCCUGUCAUUCUGUGUGUGCCUGUGCCCCUGUCAGUCUGUGUGUGCCUGUGCCCCUGCCAGUCUGUGUGUGCCUGUGCCCCUGCCAGUCUGUGUGCCUGUGCCCCUGCCAGUCUGUGUGUGCCUGUGCCCUGUCAUUCUGUGUGUGCCUGUGCCCCUGUCAUUCUGUGUGCCUGUCAUUCUGUGUGCCUGUGCCCCUGUCAUUCUGUGUGUGUCUGUGCCCCUGUCAUUCUGUGUGUGCCUGUGCCCCUGUCAUUCUGUGUGUGCCUGUGCCCCUGUCAUUCUGUGUGUGCCUGUGCCCCUGUCAUUCUGUGUGUGCCUGUGCCCCUGUCAGUCUGUGUGUGCCUGUGCCCCUGCCAGUCUGUGUGUGCCUGUGCCCCUGCCAGUCUGUGUGCCUGUGCCCCUGCCAGUCUGUGUGUGCCUGUGCCCCUGCCAGUCUGUGUGUGUGUGUGCGUGUGCCUGUGCCCCUGCCAGUCUGUGUGUGUGUGUGCGUGUGCCUGCCCCUGUCAGUCUGUGUGUGUGUGCGUGUGCCUGCCCCUGUCAGUCUGUGUGUGUGUGCGUGUGCCUGCCCUGUCAGUCUGUGUGUCUGUGCGUGUGCCUGCACCUGUCAGUCUGUGUGUCUGUGCGUGUGCCUGCACCUGUCAGUCUGUGUGUCUGUGCGUGUGCCUGCACCUGUCAGUCUGUGUGUCUGUGCGUGUGCCUGCACCUGUCAGUCUGUGUGUCUGUGCGUGUGCCUGCACCUGUCAGUGUGUCUGUUUGUUUAGGUACCUGUGAUCACGAUUGGUGUUUUUACUCACCCUUUUUUUUCCCCACGCUAUGCAGGUUUUGACGUGGCUUGACCUGGCGCCUGGGAUUUGUCGAGCCUUACCUUAAUAACAAGUAUUCCAGCAUUGUUACUAAUCUUGUGCAUCCCUAUCUCAGUGUAUCAUUUGUGUCACAAAACAUGCACCAUCUCAUUUGCCAACAUGGGUUUCUUUUACUGCAUUGGCUGCAGCGGUGCAGCUGUACUGGCAUGUUUGUUUUAAUGGGUGAUGGGUAUAGGAGUUACAAGAAACCAUAAUGUGUUGGUUUUUCUAAAUCCAUAUCAUGCUGUGUGCCUGUUUGUCUCUUUUCCUCUUUUUGUCAAACUUUUAAUUGUUGUAAACAUGUGUUCUUCAUUCAGGUUAUCCAAUAUCAGACUGUAAGAUAUGAUGUUCUUCCUCUUUCUCCGACCUCCCGGAAUAGGCUUAGUAAGUGGAUUUCUUUAAAUAUAUUCUGAUUUUUCCUCUUUCUCACUGGCUCCAUUGCUCAUUGCCGCUGCAGUCUGCUUAUUGUGUGUUACAAUUCUGUGGUCUUUUUAAUUUGUUGGGCUCAUUUGUAGCCCAUUUUGAAAUAAUUUGUACCCUGGGUUCUUUGCUUCACUUUGUCUUCACUUUUUCAGAUCAGGUGAAGAGGAAAGUUCUGGUUCUAGAUUUAGACGAGACCCUCAUCCAUUCUCAUCAUGACGGAGUCUUGCGUCCAACUGUCCGUCCUGGAACCCCCCCUGACUUUAUACUCAAGGUAACUGCAAGUUUGUUGGACAUUUUCUAUUCAUGACUUUGUGUGUGUGCUGGCCUUCCUUUUAUUUUCCAUCCUCAUAUUCCACUUUACUUUCCUAUGUCUCUUAAUUUACUUUUUCUUUUUUUUUUUUAAACCUUCAGCUCUAUUCACUUGUAUAAUCUCUGUUACCCUCUGCUCUCCCUGUCAGUCUUUUCAUGGUUUUUGGCAUGCUCCCCAUUGUAAUACAACUUUCGCCUUGCAGGUUGUUAUUGAUAAGCACCCAGUGCGUUUCUUUGUCCAUAAACGACCGCAUGUUGAUUUCUUCCUGGAUGUGGUAAGUCUCAACACAAAUUAUACAUGCGUAGAACUGUAAAACGUACUGUCUAAAUGGUGGUCCACUCACUGUGAGAAGGUUCUACUUUUGCAUUGGGCAUUUGUAUUCGGAUGUUGAUAUAAAUAUUAAAAUAUAAGGCCUGUUUCAUGAACUGGGAGUUCACUAGCUUGCAAGGGAACUUAGGGAAGGGUGACAAGUGGGGUAGAGUAUGGAGUUAAUUACAAGGAAAGGUUAAAAGAUCUUAACAUGUAUAGCUUGGAGGAAAGACGAGACAGGGGGGAUAUGAUAGAAACAUUUAGAUACAUAAAGGGAAUCAACACAGUAAAGAAGGAGACUAUAUUUAAAAGAAGAAAAACUACCACAACAAGAGGACAUAGUCUUAAAUUAGAGGGACAAAGGUUUAAAAAUAUCAGGAAGUAUUACUUUACUGAGAGGGUAGUGGAUGCAUGGAAUAGCCUUCCAGUUAAAGUGGUAGGUUAACACAGUAAAAAAAGUUUAAGCAUGCGUGGGAUAGGCAAAGGCUAUCCUAACUAUAAGAUAAGGCCAGGGACUAAUGAAAGUAUUUAGGCAGACUAGAUGGGCCGACUGGUUCUUAUCUGCCAUCACAUUCUAUGUUUCUGAGUUUUCAUAUCUGGCAUGUCUUCAAACAUCUUGUGCAGUGAGUGGACCAAACCGUAAGAAAGGAGAAAUGUAUGAAAUGUUUGUUUCUUCCUGCAGGUCAGUCAGUGGUACGAGCUGGUAGUAUUCACAGCCAGCAUGGAGAUUUACGGCUCUGCUGUGGCCGAUAAACUAGAUAACAAUAGGGGGGUUCUCAGAAGACGUUUUUACAGACAGGUGAGCCAGGCCAUAGCUACCAUUUGUAACUUGUACAGUUUGUGGGUCAUCCUGAACAUGUAGUAAUGAAAGGUAUUGCAUAUUCCGUUUAGCACUGCACAUUGGAACUGGGCAGUUAUAUCAAAGAUCUGUCCGUUGUACACAGUGAUCUCUCCAGCGUGGUCAUUCUGGACAACUCUCCUGGAGCAUACAGAAGUCACCCAGGUAGCUUAACUGCUCUAUAUGUGUCUGGUGGUCGGGCCAAUUUAUAUAUAGAUUAUUUUUUUAUUUACAUAUCAGUAGUUGUGCGAGAACAGGCACUGGUCAGUUGCUUGGUUGAGAAUGGUUUGUGUGUGGUCUGGACAGUUUGUCUCCCGAUUGAUCUGGGUUGUCUAUAAUCUCCUUAUUUUAUAAAUCUAUAUUUCCACAGAUAAUGCUAUUCCUAUAAAGUCCUGGUUCAGCGAUCCCAGUGACACAGCACUACUAAACCUUCUACCAAUGCUGGAUGCAUUAAGGUACACGAUAUUUGGAGCCAGAAUACAGACACCCUAUAUAUAGACAUCACAUGUGGAAUCAAUGAGAAUCCAGACAAUUGAUUGUGCAAUCUACUAUGAGAAGCAGCGUUAGAAGCAUAAAUUAUAAAAGAGAUUCCUACAAACAGAAUCCUAGCUUGUCUGAGCUCUUACUAACAUAGGUAUCCUUUACUAUCAAGGUUUAAAUAAAAAAGGUUUCAUCAACCUUAUAGAAUGUCAGUUUGCUGCUUCCAGCCUUUACAAGAGAAAACAGUCCCUAUUGCCUGUUUACCAGAGAAACUUACUUCAUUAACUGCUGCUAACUACUUGCAGCUGACUGUGUUGGAGUCAGUCUGAACUCCUGGCCUGGACUUUCUCCCAAUUGUCUGUGAAGCACCGGCCCACCCUACUCUCCAAAUGCUUCAACCCAGGGCUCCACAUCUUACCCUAUUUCUCAAUAUGUUAAACAUAACACAUACUUCGCCCUUGAUUAAACAGCAUAGGUCUCUCUAAAAACAGAGACGAAAUGUAUAUACCAUCACAAACACCAUGCAGCUUAACACACGCCGUAUAUAGUCGCGCUGUGCCCCGCGACAGACGCCGUAUAUAGUCGCGCUGUGCCCCGCGACAGACGCCGUAUAUAGUCGCGCUGUGCCCCGUGACAGACGCCGCGUUGACAGACUCCCAUGUACAGUCGCGCUGUGCCCCGUGACAGACUCCAUGUACAGUCGCGCUGUGCCCCGUGACAGACGCCAUGUACAGUCGCGCUGUGCCCCGUGACAGACGCCAUGUACAGUCGCGCUGUGCCCCGUGACAGACGCCAUGUAGAGUCGCGCUGUGCCCCGUGACAGACGCCAUGUAGAGUCGCGCUGUGCCCCGUGACAGACGCCAUGUAGAGUCGCGCUGUGCCCCGUGACAGACGCCAUGUAGAGUCGCGCUGUGCCCCGUGACAGACGCCAUGCGCUGUGCCCCGUGACAGACGCCAUGCGCUGUGCCCCGUGCCCCGUGACAGACGCCAUGCGCUGUGCCCCGUGCCCCGUGACAGACGCCAUGCGCUGUGCCCCGUGCCCCGUGACAGACGCCAUGCGCUGUGCCCCGUGCCCCGUGACAGACGCCAUGCGCUGUGCCCCUUGCCCCGUGACAGACGCCAUGCGCUGUGCCCCGUGCCCCGUGACAGACGCCAUGCGCUGUGCCCCGUGACAGACGCCAUGCGCUGUGCCCCGUGACAGACGCCAUGCGCUGUGCCCCGUGACAGACGCCAUGCGCUGUGCCCCGUGACAGACGCCAUGCGCUGUGCCCCGUGACAGACGCCAUGCGCUGUGCCCCGUGACAGACGCCAUGCGCUGGGCCCCGUGACAGACGCCAUGCGCUGCCCCGUGACAGACGCCAUGCGCUGUGCCCCGUGACAGACGCCAUGCGCUGUGCCCCGUGACAGACGCCAUGCGCUGUGCCCCGUGACAGACGCCAUGCGCUGUGCCCCGUGACAGACGCCAUGCGCUGUGCCCCGUGACAGACGCCAUGCGCUGGGCCCCGUGACAGACGCCAUGCGCUGGGCCCCGUGACAGACGCCAUGCGCUGGGCCCCGUGACAGACGCCAUGCGCUGGGCCCCGUGACAGACGCCAUGCGCUGGGCCCCGUGACAGACGCCAUGCUCUGUGCCCCGUGACAGACGCCAUGCUCUGUGCCCCGUGACAGACGCCAUGCGCUGUGCCCCGUGACAGACGCCAUGCUCUGUGCCCCGUGACAGACGCCAUGUACAGUCGCGCUGUGCCCCGUAACAGACCUUCACACCCUUAGAUACUUUAUAAUAAAAGACACUGACACUUUCACAUUCUUACAGAAAUAUAAUUUACUUAAUGUGAAUGUGCUUCGUUUUUCUUAUACGUUGAAUGUAAUUAAUGGUAAAAGUCACAGGAGGAAUAAAAUAGAUUAUGUAGCACUACAAAGCAGUAUUAAGCUAUACAUAAGGAAAUGAUGCAUGUGCACAAAUCUGUCAGAUAUGUGAGAGAACACUAUACAAACUAUACCUAACUCCAUUAAUAUUCUACAUAUAUGGGCAUGAUAUAUUCUAUGAUUCUAUAAUAUGUUACAAACAUGUUCCUUUCACACUGUAUAUGUAGACUGCAUAAUAGAAUAUUAUGCAGUCUACAUAUACAGUGUUGGUUGCUUUCAUGGAAUCCUGAUCUAUGUACUGAGAACCUUUAAACGGUAAGGUGCUGUUUCACUAAUGCCAUUUCUUGCCCAUCUAGGUUCACAGCUGAUGUUCGCUCGGUUCUGAGCCGCAAUCUCCACCAGCACAGACUAUGGUGACAUUCAGCCCCGCCGCCUCCUUCUCCUGGAUACCCCCUGUCCCCGCCAGCAGACAGAGACUGUACCCCCUCUACCUCUAGGACAUUUACCGUGGAGGAGGGUGAUAACCGUGAACUGUAAAACCCCUCCCUUCCCCUCUUUUCAGGGGCUGGGGGUGCGUGGGGAGAAUGGGGGUCUGGUUUUUAAUUGUAGACUUUCUUGUAUAAAGAGAAUUAUUUCAAGAUAUGGCUUUAUGUAUGUGCAUAUAAAUAUAUACACACCCUCCUUCCACCAUCAUUACCAGCGUGCAAACCGUUCCACCAUCUUUAAGGAUCUUAGCAUACUGCAGUAUGCCUGAAGACAAAGCAUAGUGAAAGGAUG